CUAUAGUUCAUUGGUAGUAAUUUAAUUGGGAACUCAUUGGUGCCACAGGUUGGAGAUUCGGAUCAGAAGUUGGCAGAUGGAAUUUCACUGUACUCUAUUGUGUCUGAUCUAUACACUAAAGCAGGAAUUCUGGCACCUCUGAUAACUGAACAUGCGAAUGGAGGAAAAUGUAUUGUUUUCACCCAAACCAAACGUGAUGCUGAUCGAUUAUCAUAUAUCAUGGCAAAAAGCCUUAGAUGUGAGGCCUUGCAUGGAGAUAUUUCACAAACUCAGAGGGAAAGGACUCUCGCUGGCUUCAGAAACAACAAUUUUAAUGUUUUAGUAGCAACUGAUGUUGCUUCACGAGGGCUUGAUAUUCCAAAUGUGGAUCUCGUAAUACAUUAUGAUCUUCCCAAUUCAUCAGAGAUAUUUGUUCAUCGAUCUGGACGAACAGGCCGUGCUGGGAAGAAAGGAGCUGCUAUUCUUGUUUACUCAGAAGAUCAAUUCAGGGCUGUGAAGACUAUUGAGCGUGAUUUUGGAUGCAAAUUUACAGAGCUACCAAAGAUUGAUGUUCCUAGUGGAUCAGCAGAGAUGUUUGGUGGGAUGGGUGGUGGCAAUUUUGGCCCUUUUGGAGGUAUGAGGGAUUGUCAAUCUAGAGGUUCAGGUUUUGGUCGCAGUCCUGGAUUUAGCCGUUCUGGGAGUUACAGUAACUCUGGAUUUGGCCGAUCUAACUAUGGAAAUUCCAGUGGGAUGGGAAGGUUUGGAGGACCAAAUUCUAGCCUUUUUGGUGGCCCUGGUUCAGGUCAGUUAGGAGGAUCUUCUGGUAAUUCAUCUGGUGAAAUGGGUAGAUAUGAUGGCUUUGGUUCAGGUCAAGCAGCAACUCAAUUUGGAGGAAACUCUUACCCAGAUGGUUUUGGAGGAUUUGGUGGUUCAGGUCAAGCAGGAGCUCAAUCUGGUGGAAAUUCUCAUCCAGGUGGUUUUAGAGGAUUUGGUAGUUCAGAUCGAUAUAGCAGUUUUGGAGAUUUUGGGCAAGGUCAAUCUGGUGCAUUUGGUGACAGAAAGUCUAGCCAAAGCAGCAGCUUUGGUGAUUCACGUGGUAGUGGUUUCGGUGCUUUUGGUAAUGACAAUUAUAAUGGAGGAAAGUCGUUUUAAUUUCAUCAACUUGGCAUCCUGCCAAUUCCCCGUAUCUCUUGAGAUGGAAAAGGUUAUGGCAUAAGAAUAAUAUUAAUACCAUUUUAUUCUUUGAAGCAUCACUCUUUUUUCUUUCCUCUUGGCACAAUCUUCAGCUCAAACUCGACUCUAGUGUUAUUUACUGCCUCCAUGGCAAAAUGAAGGGGGAAGGCUGUAUCAUCUGCAUGUUCCACUUCUGCCAAUCAUUUGUCUGGCUCAUUAUUUCCUUCAUUCCACUUCGAAGUGGUUCGGUAGAGUAUGACUCAUUGACUCUGAACGUACAUCAGUGUAUGUAUAUGCCUUGAGAAUUUUGUAGCAGCAGCUUUAUAGAGCAGUGGUGAUCCAAUUUAUUUAGUAUUUGUUCCUCAAAAUUUAUAAUGGGAUAGAAAUUUUAGAAACAGGUAGGUGAACUUCUGUUCAUAUACAUAUUUUUACAGUGUUGCAUAUUAUCAUACAUGGAAGUUUUCAUUUUUCAACUGAUGUAAUAUUAAUAUAUCAACAAUUUGUUUUUGGUUGCACCGUGGGUAACUUUUGGGGGAUGAAUGAAAUAUUAAACAGCAUCUUAUUUGAUUAAAGAGCAUU